CUCAGAAGGGUAGGUGUUGCAUGUGGUUUUUGCACUUCCUCUAUCGACCUAGGGCUGACUGAUACCCGGCUCUUUCUGUGGAAGGGCUUUUGGGGGAGUUGCAUGCAACAAGCAGGGCACAUCGACUUGGAGCACGAGCGCACGAGGGGCGGGAGGGUAGGAAGGAGGAGGAGGAGGAUGGAGGAGGAGUAGGGGGAGACGAGCUGCAAGGCCGCCUUCAAAAAUGGCGUCUUCGAAGGGGGGAAAAUGACUAAUAUUAUGAAAACAUUUUUUAAACCAAGCAGGCCCGAGGUAUUGACGUGAAAACCGAAACCGGCCAUUUUUUGUUGUUGUUGUCGUGCAUAUGUAUAUUUUAUUUAUUUAACGAAACGAGCCUGAGCAGGAGCCUUUUUGGGUUUUUUUUGGAGGAAACCGUGUUAAUUUUUUUUUUUUGGAUGUUGCGUCGACGGGAGCUAGCUUUAGCCUCGCGCGCCGCUCACGAGCCUCGCGUUUUCUCUUCGCUCCUCUCUUUUUUUUCCUGCUCGUGAAAAGCGCGAGCUAAAUGCGCGUCGCGCGCGCCUUCUAUUCUUCGUGUCGUCGUUGCUAUUAUUAUUAUUAUUAUUAUAAUAAUCAUUAUUAUUAUAAUUAACGGGGGCGGAGGAGGAGGGGGUGAAACGAAAUGUAGCGCGCGCGCACCGCGGACGUCGGUGUGCGCCUCCAUUUUUCUCUUUUAUUUCUUUCUUCUCUCCCUUUUUUUAUUCCAAUAACCCGAACGAAAGGGGUGAAAAGGGGGAGGAGAAGAAGACAACCGAAAGGACGUGUACGGUCACCCGCGUGCAUCAUCCCUGCGUCUACAAUCCGGUAGAAUGAUGAAGGCACAUUAAGCAGCGAUCGCGUCGUUGCACGAACACUUUCUGGAUCUCUACAUAGAUAUCUGUUAUUUAUUAGUAGUACUGCCCCAUCAUCCUCUUCCCCGGGGGGCAGAAAUGGACAGGAAUUACCCCGGUGCAGGAUUCGGGGAUUUGGGCGCAGGAGCCGGAUGGAGCUACGAGCGAUCGGCGAAAGCGAGUUUAGUGUAUGGGAGCUCCAGAUCUUCCCAUCCGGAGUCUGAACUCCUCCACAGACAAGCCUAUGCCACUCCUCAUCCCCUACAAGGUUAUGCAACCAAUCACCACCCCGGCAGCUCUGGACAGGGCGGGGCGUGGGGAGCGGCCGGGAGGAGCUUGGGCCUAUCGGGGCUUUUUGACGCCGGGCUUCACCAUGCGAGUCCUUCAGGCCCAGAUCCUUCUGUCAUGAACUUGAUCUCAGCUCUGGAGUCCAGAGGACCACAGCCACCACCUUCUGCUUCUUCUCUUCUCUCGCAGUUUCGCACUCCAUCCUGGCAGACCGCAAUGCAUACACCUGCACCUGCAGAGCUUUUCAUCUCUGGUGCUCUUUCUGGUUCUGGAUCAUUCCCAUCAUCAUCUGCCUUAUCAGCCUACCAGCACCCAGCUUCAUUCUCCGGACGCUCUUUCCCUGGGGUGACCCCCUCGCUCUCAUUACAGGACACUCCUACGUUCAGCCCCACCUCAAACGGCCUGCUGUCUCCGCACGAUCCUCUGCUGCACAUUAAGACACCCUCGCAGUCAAGUCUGGGCUUCGAUCGCUUGUUGUCAUCUCAGGGUGCUGCUGCAGCCUACCGUGGGAGCCAUGAUCCUAGUGGCGGUAGCGGUGUGACUUCCGCUCAGGCGUCCUCAGCAGCUUCGGCUUCUGCACGCCAUCUGCAGUCCCACCAGUUUAACCUGCUGUCCUCGCAGCUUCAGGACCAGUCCUCACAGUUGUACAGUGCAUCAGUGUUCUCGCCUGCUCCAGCUCCACCUCAGCCGGCCUCGCAAGAGCGGACCAUACCACGACAAGACAGCGUCAUUAAGCACUACCAGCGUCCCUCACCAGCACAAGCUCCCUCUUCUACACCUCAUCCCCUUCAGCAUUACCUCAGCUGCGGCGUGUCUGGGUAUCAGCAGGCCCCUCAUCCACGUCACGCUGGUCUCUCGUGCAGUCCGUUAGGAGAACACAGCCCCUCCUCCGACCACAAGCCUUCCCCCAGGACUGAGCAGUACCGACCCAUUAUACAGCCAUCUUAUGGGUCCUCCUCAUCGUCAUCUACUGGCGGGCCUGGGAAGGCGGCGAAAAGCAGUUCCAGUAGCGGCUACUCUUCCUCCGGCUCUGGUUCGUCCUCCAGAACUCCCCAUACGCCACCUUCUGCUUCCUCUGCUUCAUCGUCCUCCUCUUCGUCUUCUUCCUCCUCUGCGUCUGCCAGUGCGCGCCAGUCAAACUCUAUUCCAAGCUCCACGUCUGCAUCCGCAUCCUCUCGGCAGCAGCCUCCGACCCAGUCUGUGCCUCCUUCGCAAACACAUUCCCAACCUGCUCCGAGUACCAACUCCUCUCAACAGAGCCUUCCGAAAGCGUGUCUCUCAGGCUAUGGCUCUCCAGUAGCACCAGUUAAAUCAUCGAAUAAUCUGACAGGCCAGACCCCACCCCAACAGCAGCCACAAUCGUUCUCUCCCAGCCAGCCCCCAUCACACUUAUCUCAGUCAUAUGCAGGGUUCAGUUCCCCACAAACUCCACAUGAUCUCCCUUCGGCUAGGACUUCUGGAGUAGCUAAAGGAUACGGAAAUCUGGGAAGCCAGUCGUUUUCUGCAGAAUCAGUGUACGGGACAGAUUCAGGUUAUGGCUCACUGCCUCCAUCGUUAGGAGGAGCUGGAAGCCCUUCAAUGGGAUAUGGCGCCUCAGGACACUCUCCUGCGCUUGUACGUUCAGGAGGAACAGCUGGCGGAAGCAGCAAUGGAGGAAGCACGAGUACUGGAGGUGGAAGUAAUGUUGCCAGUAGUGGAGGGUCUUACCAUAUCCCCGAUUCAAGUCCAUCUCCAUCAGGCAACUCUGGAAUUAUUCGCCCAGGUCUGCAUUCUCCUGCACCAUCACGACCUGCCCAGUCACCCGUUGGAACAGGAUCCAACAAAUACCUGUCGUCUGUUCUCUCCCCGUCUUUCUUACCCUCUCCGCAAGGCUACCCAGACACCAGAGGACCUCGGUCGCAGUCGUACCAUCCCUCCGCACCUCCCAAAACCAAGUCUGAUACAAGCCUGCUUGGUGUGACCGAGUCUCGACCGCAACAAGACGACGAUGACGAUGAUUUCCUAAUUCAGCAUUUACUUCAGGCGCAAAGUCCUUCUCCUCAAGCACCCCCCCAUCAUCAUCCCCCUCAAAGCCAUCAUUCUUCACAGUCGACACAACAACAACAACCAGUCCUUCCAACCCAAGAUGGAGGCAAGGGUUUGUCCUACGAGAUGGGCAAGAGCUCAGAGGAACGGUAUCAUCUUCAAAGUGUUAUUCGAACUCACAGCGCUACAUCGAAUGCUGCAGUGUCAGGAACGGGGAAUGGAGCAGGUCUGGACAGUCAGUUGGAAAUGUCUUUAAAAAAGCAGCAGCAGCAGCAGCAUCAGCACCAAACGCAACAUCAACAACAACAACAACACAAACAUCAACAACAGAAGAACAGCAGAUCUGUCACAGAUGGAGGAGGACGAGGGAACCCAGAUCCAACUCAUUCGCAUUCGCAUCAUCACCACGAUUCAAUGGGCUCUGUGGUCCAUUACGGCCGGGGUGAUCCUUAUUCCCAGCAUUCUAUCGCACAACACCCUUCUUCUCACCAUCAACACACUCCACACACACCAACACAUUCUCACUUGCACUCCCAUCCGCAUAUGGAUCUUCAGAAGAAGCCUCAAGAGUCGGCCGAUAUGGCUUACAUACGCAAGACACCCGACCUGCAGCAGCACCACCACCAACAGCAAUCGGGGCAUCACCAAUCUCAUCAGCAACAACACCAACAGCAGCAACAGCAGCAGCAUCAGACGCAAUCACAAACCUUGAUGGAGUCUCCAACUGACCAGUCCCGCCAUCCUCCGCAUUUGUUACAGUCGGUUCUCUCCCACACGACCCGCAACAAAAUUGACACCCAGCAACAGCAACACACUGCAAGCCAACAAACGUUAAUGGAAGCAGCAGGUGGAGUAACAGCGGCAGAAACCCAUUCCCAGCCUCAAGCAUCUCAACUCCAGAUUCAACUACAGACCCAAGCUCUGGAAGCUGCCAGCCACUAUAGCCAUAGUUCUCAGCAGCAGGACCAGAACCAUUCAAAAUCCACCACAGUGUCUUCUCUGGACAUGCUGGAGCGCUCCCUCUCUCGAACCUCAAGUCAGGAAGGAGGCAUGGUCGACGAUCGGGCUGUAAACGAAGGAGGAAGAGGAAAUUCUGGAGCUGGAACUGGAGCAAGUGUUGAGAGACACAGAUCGCAGGAUCAGCCGAGACUUUCAUCUCACCAUCCUUCUCAACAUCAUCCUUCUGAGUUGCAGUCAUAUCUUUCUGAGCCUGAUUUGGGCUUGUCUGCUCCUUCUCAUGGGCAUCACCUUUCCCAUCACCACCACCAAUCACAGCAACAAACUCAAGCCCAACACCAGAACUCCCACCACCAUGCUCACCCUCAGCAUCAAACCCAACCGAGCCAUCACCACCUCGCUUCUCAGUCCGCUUCAGCGACAGUGCAGCAACAAGAGCAGUCUCACUCCUCUCAGCUUCCUCCCAAUCAGCUUGACCAGCAGCAUCAAGGAGACCAUCACUUCGAUUCGAGGGGCUCAGCAGUGAAGUCAAAUAUGAAUCAAAACCAGUCCCAUCAGAACCAGAGGUUUGUCCCGUUAACAUCGAUCUGUUUCCCGGACUCUCUACUUCCAGACGAAGAACGCUCGUUCUUUCCUGGUAUGGAGGACAUGUUCUGCCCAGAGGAGUACAAGUCAAGCUGCUCUGGUGGAACAGGGCAGGUACAAGAUGGAGUUUCUCAAUCCCAGACAGGUCAAGAAGGUAUGGAGGGCAUCAAAUCAACUGCAGAAGGUGGAGGAGAUGAUUCAGGCGCAAGCUACGACAUGCUCGGCCACCCAGGAGAUCAAGAUUAUGGGCAGUACUGCCAUGAUCUUGCAGAAUCCGAUAAUGGAACCAUGCACCUUGACCUCGACUCCUUGAAGACACACGAACUUCCAUCAACAGUCAAUACAGAACAACUUGGACUGAUACAGUCUCAGCCUGCAAGUCUUGUAAUGGCAAGUGGAGCGAAUGUUGGGGAAGGAUCUGGUGCCAAGAUGGUGAGUUCCGGAGGUUCUGGCUCCGGAUCUGGAGGACUUACAUCUCCAAUUUUCUGCUCAUCUCGUCCCAAAAAGCCUAAGUCCAGUUCUUUUCACUUGUUAAAGGAAAGACCUGAUCCUAAUUCUCUUCCAAAAAAGAGCUAUGCACAGGAGUAUGAGUUUGAGGAUGAUGAAGAUAAGGCUGACGUUCCAGCUGACAUUCGACUAAACAGCCGAAGACUUCCUGACCUGAUUCCUGACCUUGUUUCCAGCUGUCGGAAAUCUGGCAGUGGAACGAUGAGUCCCCUAAUGGACAACUUGGAUUUUGGUUAUCCCUCUCUUGGUCCACCUCCACAGUUACUUCCCCACGAAGGACCCAAAAAGAGAGGCAGGAAGCCCACCAAGCCCAAACGCGAAGGUCCUCCGAGGCCUCGUGGCCGCCCACGCAUACGCCCUUUGCCAGAGCCCCACCAUUCCAGGGCCAUGAUGGGAGAAUGCGGAACGGGGUAUAUUCCCGAGAGAGGUAGAGGUCGAGGCAGGGGCAGAGGCCGAGGGAGACGAGAUGACUCGAUGAUGGACAAUAAAGAUCAGAGUCAGAUGUAUCACAUGCAGCAACAGCAAAUGCAUCACCAGCCACAACAGCAGCAACAGCACCAAGAGCCAAUCAAACCUAUCAAGAUCAAACUUCCUAUUGGUACCAUGUCAUCUUCUGACGCCCUCUUGCGCACGGAUUCUUUGUCUGGUACUGACCCAGCCCUCUCAGAUGGUUCUGUGGGCUCUGCCCCUUCCUUGGGUCUGAGUCCAGGGACACCAGGAGUGCCCGAUAUGAACAGACCUAUCGACAAGAACAAAGCCAAGACACAAGAUAUGGAAGAGAAAGAUUCUGAGAAGACUGGUUUCGUGGCUUCUUUUUUGGAUUUCCUAAAAUCCGGAAGGCCAGGAAGCAGCUCCGGGAACGACGAUUCAUCUCCAGGAAAAAGUGGAGGAAUACAUCCUAUAUCUCCUCAACCACCUCCUCCACCAGCACCUGCAACAUCAUCUGGUUAUGGAGACAGUGAAGGUGAUGGAGGCCUGUCUUUGGGUGGAUGCCCAAGUCCCUGCAAGCGUUUGGAUGAGGAACUGAAGAGGAACCUGGAAACGCUUCCGUCGUUCUCUUCAGAUGAAGAAGACUCGGUGGGGAAAAACCAAGACCUCCAAAAGAGCAUCUCCUCGGCCAUCUCUGCUUUAUACGACACGCCACAACUAACCCCUUCAAUGCAGCCGCCUUCUCUCCCUCCACCUCCUCCUCCACUUCCUCCUACACCGCUGACCCCAACGCACCCACCACCUUCUCUCAGCCCACAGACCCCAACACCUAUGCAUACGCAGUCUUCUUCACAUACACAGUCCAUGGAAUCAGACAUAUUAUCCAGAGAUGAGCAAGGCGAAGAGAUCGAGGAGGAGAAAAUGAAAGACGAGGAUGAGGAUGAAGACGAGGAAGAAGAGCAAGACAAACGAAUAGACGAGAAAGUCCCAGAAAUGGAGUUGCUGAGUGUUCCGAAAGUAGGAGACUCACCUAAAGAAGCUUCUCAAACAGCAGCUCCUCAUUCACUUACACCCCUCUUUCCAUCAUCCCCUGGGUCUUCGUCUUCACCCUCUCCACCUCCUCUUCCUCCCCUCUCUCUUCCCUCACCCCUUCCUGACCUAGAGUACAACCCGUCUCCACCACAGAAACCCCCAGUUCAACAGUCUUCACCUCCAGCCAGCCCUCCUGCCCCCUCCUUACCCAUUCUGUCUCCUCCUCACCCUCCACUCGUAGCCUCUCCUCCACCCUUGGAGACGCCCACACCCCUGAGUCCCCUUCGACCUCAGCAGCCCGCUCCGGCUCCUCCAUCUCCAGAAGAACCCCCAGCGCCCCAAAUCCUGCCAUUGCACCUGGCGCAAAAACAGAGCGGAGCUGCCAUUACAGGAGAGACCGACGAGGACGAGAGUGAAAGCGGGGGAGAGGGUAUCUUUAGGGAAAGAGAUGAAUUUGUGGUACGGAUAGAAGACAUCAAAACUCUCAAGCUGGCGCUGCAGACGGGUCGAGAGCCUCCACCCAUCUGGCGUGUACAGAAAGCACUGCUUCAGAAGUUUGCACCAGAAAUUAAGGAUGGGCAGAGGCAGUUUUGUGCGACUAGCAAUUAUCUCGGUUACUUUGGUGACGCUAAAAAACGGUACCAGCGACUUUAUGUGAAAUUCCUGGAGAAUGUGAACAAGAAGGACUACGUAAGAGUUUGCUCUCGCAAACCCUGGCACAGGCCAUCCGUGACACUCAGACGCCAGUCACAGUCUCACCCAGUCGCAAAGAUGACCCCGCCCCCUAACAACCAGACAUUGCCUCGCGUUGCAAGAGAUGAGAAAGAGAAAGAUCGGGAAAAGGCGAAAGAGAAGGAGCAGUGUGGUGAGGCCCGAGAGAAAAACAACAUUAAGCAGCAAGACAGGGUGACCAAAAUGAAGGAGCGAGAAGAGAGGAAAGACAAAGAGAAGAAAAUGCCACCACCUCCGGCGCCCCAUAAGGCGGAGAAACGAGCAGCUGCAACAGAACACGCAAAGAAGGAGGACAAAAGGACAACAGGGGUGGACAGGAAGGUGGAGCGGGCCGCAAAACAGCAGCCCACGAAAGUAAAGGCCGAGCCCCCGCCGAAGAAAAGAAGAAAGUGGCUGAAAGAAGUGCCGUCUUCAUCCGAGUCCGAUUCUUCAGCCAGCGAUGAUGAGAUUUCUGUCAGAGCAGGCCUCAAUACUCGAUCCAUGCGUGAGAUGUACCGGAGCUAUGUGGAGAUGCUAGUCAGUACCGCUCUGGACCCGGACAUGAUCCAGGCCUUGGAGGACACAGAGGAUGAACUCUACCUGCCUCCGAUGCGCAAGAUCGACAGCAUUAUUAGCGAGCAGAAGAGGAAGCUUUUAAAGCGAGUCAACAUGAACCCCCAACAUCAGGAGGCCCUAAACACCUUUCCUCAGAUAACAGCAGAGCCUUUGGACUCGGGAGCCGUGAGGGUCAAACUAGGUGGGGAGUGCUAUAACCGGAAAACUCUGAACCGGGUCAAGAAGAGUGUCCCCAAAUCACAGGACAUCAAGCUGCCGACCGAGACAUGUCGACUUUACAGCUUUUACCAUUCUUUGCACCAUUACAAAUACCACACCUUUCUAAUCUGCAAAAAAGAGACCAACACUAUAGAACAGGCGUCAGAAGAUCCCGGGCAGGAGGAGGUGGUUCAGCAGUGCAUGGCCAAUCAGAGCUGGCUGGACACACUCUUCAACGCCUUCUUAGAAUUGAUGACCCACAGUGCCAAAGCCUGACCUAACGAAAUCAUUCAAGAUGGAGUGGGGGGGGGGAGCAAAGACAGACAAAGGACAAGCCCUGAAGAUGCAGCAGAGGCUCUUGUGGGACAAAGGAUUUGUUUUAACCCCCCACGGUCCUCUCCUAUUGUUUUUUUCUCAAGGCGUUUCUUAAGACAAUUGUGAUACAUGACCAGGCAAUAGAGGCUCCUCUCAGCAGGUAGCUUUUGGCAAGCAAACUAAUCAGAGCUUCAUUGAGAGCAUGGGUUUUUGUUUCGUUUUUUAGGGAAAAAGAAGAACAUAUAUAGAUGUGGCCAAUUUUUUUAGAUUGGGGCAAGGGCAGAAAGGCGGAGUAGUUGGCCCCCCCUUUUGCCACAAUGAAACUGACCUUUGACGAGAAACCGAAUAUGACUGAAAGUAGGAUACUGUACAAAGUUUUAUCGUUGAUAAAAAAACACGGCAAACGUUUGGAAUUUCAAGACAUCAUGAGGAGGAAGUCUGUUACAAUUUUACACAGAUUAUUUUUUAAGACUGCAAACUUUUAUUCUGCAUUUUCUUUUUUUUUUUUUUUUCCAAGAGUCGAAGGCGUGCGACAGUUGCGCUUUAUAUAUAUAUAAAAACAAAAAAACGAGUGAAGAGUGCCGUGCCGGAAAACUGACCGCGGGAAAGGGGGGGGAAAAAAAGCUAAACACUUACCAAGUGAUCCAAGAGAGCUAUACGUGCAUUUCUAUUAUUUAUAUAAAGACAUUUCUAACAGGAGCUUGCACAUACAAUAUAAAGCAGCAAUGCUUCAUUAUUCAUUUCAUAACUGAUGCCAGGCGGCAAAAAAAAAAGAAAAGAAAACAAACAUGUCGAAUCCAUAGCCGUCUUCCUGUAGGCUUGUGAAGAGUCGGCGCUCACACGUGGUGGCAUCGCUUUUUUUUUUUUUUUUUUCGUCUGUAAGAGCAUAAGAAAGAAAUGAAAUAUCUUUCCGCUACGCAAAGCCGUAUUAUUAUUUCAGUGCAUUCUUCAGAAGAUGGACAUGAAAAUAAGAGCUAAUUAUAGCAUUCGAUUCCCACUAGGGAAAAAAUUUUAUGUAUUAGUAAUAUUUAAAUAGGAUCCUUUUUUUUUUUUUUUUUUUUCAUUUUUAACUGUUUGUCCGUUGUCUGUAUUAUGAGUAUUAUUUUGGAACAAUCUAAUACUGUGCUUCUUUUGGAGGAGAAAAAAAAGCCUUUGUGUAAAUACUGUACAGCUCUUCACUCAAAAAUACAGUUCUUCUGUACAUGGACUAUUCCUGUAUUUGACAAAACGAAUAAAAUCAAGGAGCGUAUAAUGUCUCGUAAAAA